AUGGAUUCCGAUUCAAUACCAGAACUAUCUUAUAUAGUCUGCCGGAAUCUCCAUUUCUUCAUUCCAGCGUUUUCAUUGUUCAUAAUCGAAAUCGGAAUAUCCAGUUAUCAGAUACAGUAUCAAGAAGCCCUCACUUUAAAUUAUUCCACACUUAUUCUCAUUUUGUUAUUAGUCUCCAUGCCAUUAUCUGUUUUCAAUCCUCCAGUAUGGUUCACAUUAUACAUGACAACUUUUAUCCACAUGCUUUAUUUCAAAGAGCUUUAUAUGUUUUCUUUGGGUGCAACAAUGAUGAUGUUCAUGUCAAUUUUUUAUCACGAGGCGACAAGAAUCAGGACAAAAACAAAAGUUGUUAUGGUCAACAUUAUACAACAGAUAGCCCUCCAGCAUAUUACGAUAGAAGAUGUGGAGAAGAUCUGGGGAACCUGUGGCUCGAUGUGGUGGUAG